AUGUGCUGUUGGUGGUCAGUGACUGGAUCCUCACUAAUGUGCUGUUGGUGGUCAGUGACUGGAUCCUCACUAAUGUGCUGUUGGUGGUCAGUGACUGGAUCCUCACUAAUGUGCUGUUGGUGGUCAGUGACUGGAUCCUCACUAAUGUGCUGUUGGUGGUCAGUGACUGGAUCCUCACUAAUGUGCUGUUGGUAG